AUGGUUGGCCAAAUCACCUACACCGAGGAAGAAAUCAUCUUCAUCCUCCAGCACAGUCUCACCAAGGAGAAGAAGCAACAAGACACCUUGCGCGAGUACCAGGAGCGAUUCAGCAAGCCCCUCACCAUGGCUCAGCUGAGAUACGUCAGAGCCAAAUACGGUCAUGACCCUGAAUUCGGUACGGCAAUGAUCAAUGGACAGGUCCCGGACAAUGGCGGUAAUAGAAAGACCGCAGUUCCAUCUCAAUGGCAGGAAGUAAUGGCUAUGCCAAUCCAGUCCCCGAACGAUCAAAGCGACCAAGCCUUCACACCACCCACGAACGAGGAUGAAUCAGCUUCGGAGCAUCACAUGCUGCAGAUUCUCGCCAGUCACGUAUACGAUUCUCCCGCAGAGAUUCCCGAGAACCUGACUUUGUCCCCCGAGAAGGUACAACAGCAGAAUGACGUCUCACAGGAUGAAGUCUCAGAGGAUGAGCAAGCGGGCAUCGACGCAGAGGAGUAUGCUGCAGCACACGAGAAAAUCCUGCAGAUGUUCCAGAUGAACCCCGACCGCCCUUAUGGUGAACAACCUGUUCAGCAAUACUACGAGCAAAUGCUGUAUCCUUCUGCAGUGCAGAAGAGAAAGCGGGAUGAGCUCGAGGAAUCGAGUGAAUGCUCAGACUCAGAAUCAUUUGCUUCCGUGGUUGAGGUUCUUCAAGAGAGCAUUCCAAAGCGUCUGAAGACCCAGUCGCAGGAGACGUCCUCCCAGAAGGAGCUCAUUCAGUAUUCAUCCCCGACGCCGAACAACUACGUAUCCCAGACGACUGGACAUGACGAACACACAUUGAGCCUACUCGAUGCGGAUAUCCCCGAAGUCCCCAGCACUCCCAAGAAUCUGGAUAUGGGCGCAUAUCAUGUGCAGGCAGAGAGGGAUCUCAGUGUGUCACCCCUGACCAAGCUUCUCAAUAGUAUCGACAAUGAGUAUCCUCAUGAACCAACAACUGACAGCUCAUUCUUUACACAGCUCGAUCUUCAAAUGGACCCAUCUGGAUAUAGCGCCGUCAACUUCGACAAUGCUGUGUUCCAGGAACCCAAUACAUCAGCUGUUCCCACGUGGGCAGGAACAGAUUCAACGAUGUUAUCUGCGAGCCCGAGCCUCAACUUCUCCCAGUCCAUGUCAUAUGCACCAUGGCAAGCACCUCACAACGAGGCAGAGAGAAACUUCUGGGGCACUCAGUCAGACACCUGGCAGGGCGCAACUGGGUACGAUACCGCGCCGGGUUUCGACUUCGACCCGCUCGUUCCACCGUAUCCUCAAACCUGUGCACCUUUUGCCUACGCUGAGGUGAUGGCCAGCGCCGGCGGAACAUACGAAGGCUCGGAAGCCUUCAAUUCAAUGCAGCAACAAACCGAAGGCCAGAACAUCGCCAGCUUCUCUGGCGACAUGAGCAACAUCGACUGGAACAGUAUGAACAACAGCGGUUGGGAAGAACUGUACCUGCCCAGUGCAGAGCCACAGGGCCACGACGACUAUUCUCAACAGUUCUUUGGUCCUCUCGAGUAG